AUGUUAAAUCAAGCUUACUUGGUUAUUAAGAAUAAGUACGAGAAUGGCGAUGGUACAGUGGAAACAAGCGCUAUUCACCGGAGAUUGAGGAUAUCCAGAGGAGUGCAGCAUCUGCAGAGUGCUGAAGAUCUCGAAAAUGCUGUAAUAAGGUUUGUAUAUUGCCCAUGCAUGGCUCGUAAUACGUAA